AAACUCUCAUGAACUUCUGCGAGUAGAGGGACACAUUUCUACUGAUCCCCUGUUUUCAGCUGUGUUCGAUAGUGUCUCGGAGCCUGUGGAGAAGGGGAAGAGCUCGGUGUCCGGAGGAGAGCGACCUGCACAAAAGAGUUUCUGAUUGACGACAUUCUCACUGUGAUUACCUCCCGCCACUUUCCAAGAAAUCAAGAUUUUGGCUGGACCGUGUGUGCAGCCUAAAUGACGAAGUGGAACUUGUUCAAGCAUCAAACAACGCCCAUGGUCGCUGCUAACCCAACGGGGGCCAGUGCCUUGACUGUGACUCCGGCCCCCGUCGCACUGGUCUCUACCGACAACUCCACCGAACCGGUCAACAAGAACGACGCCUUCGACGAGAUCAAAAACAAGUUCCUGAAUGAGAUCGACAAGAUCCCACUGCCGUCCUGGGCCAUCAUUGCCAUUGCCGUGGUCGCUGCUUUACUCAUUCUAACAUGCUGCUUCUGCAUCAUCAAGAAAUGCUGUUGCAAGAAGAAGAAGAACAAGAAGGGCAAGAAGGGGAAGGGUGACAUGGGAAUGAAGAACCUGAAAGGGGGCGAGAAACAACAGGACGACGAUGACGAAGAAGACGACGUCGAACCCGGACUGACUGGAGACGAGAAGGAGGAGGAAGUGAAGGAGAAAGAAAAGCUCGGGAAGCUGCAGUACUCCAUUGAUUACGACUUCCAGGAGAACAAGCUGACUGUGGGAAUCCUUCAAGCAGCUGAUCUGCUCUCCAUGGACAGCGGAGGCACCUCUGACCCCUACGUCAAGGUCUUCGUCCUCCCAGACAAGAAGAAGAAGUACGACACAAAGGUUCACAAGAAAACGCUCAAUCCUGUCUUCAAUGAGACCUUUACCUUCAAGAUUCCAUUCCAAGAGAUGGGAGGAAAGACUCUGGUAAUGUCAGUCUAUGACUUUGAUCGCUUCUCUAAACAUGAUGUCAUCGGAGAGAUUAAAACGCCCAUGAACACCCUCGACCUGGCAAAGCCAAUCGAGGAGUGGAGAGACCUGGACAGCGCAGAUCAAGAAGAGCCGGAGAAGCUGGGUGAUAUUUGCAUCUCUCUGCGUUACGUCCCGACUGCCGGCAAACUCACCAUCUGUAUCCUGGAGGCCAAGAACCUGAAGAAAAUGGACGUGGGAGGACUGUCAGAUCCCUACGUGAAAAUUAACCUGCUGCAGAAUGGAAAGAAGCUGAAGAAGAAGAAGACGACAGUGAAGAAGAACACUUUGAAUCCGUACUACAAUGAGUCCUUCAGCUUUGAGAUUCCUAUUGACCAAAUGCAGAAAAUCCUAGCUGUGAUCACAGUGCUGGAUUAUGACAAGAUUGGCAAGAACGAUGCCAUUGGAAAGAUCUUGGUGGGAAGCAAGAGCACGGGGGCCGGGCUGAAACACUGGUCCGACAUGCUGGCGAACCCCCGUCGCCCCAUCGCCCAGUGGCAUCCACUGCAGCCAGAGGAGGAGGUGGAUGCCGCCCUCGCAGCGCUGAAUGCCAAGAAGUAA